AUGGGGUUUCGUGGAACAUCGAUACAUCAUCAUUUCUACUGCUCCCCGCUCCAGUCCUUAGGCGAGACUCCUUACGCCACCGAACUUUCCGUGGCCGAGGGUACGGACGGAGUGGCCGAGGUGACGGACGGAGUGGCCGAGGUGACGGGGUUGGGCAAAGUGGCCGAGGUGACGGGGUUGGACAGAGUGGCCGAGGUGACGGAUGGAGUGGCCGAGGUGACGGAUGGAGUGGCCGAGGUGACGGGGUUGGACGGAGUGGCCGAGGUGACGGACGAAGUGGCCGAGGUGACGGACGGAGUGGCCGAGGUGACGGACGGAGUGGCCGAGGUGACGGACGGAGUGGCCGAGGUGACGGACGGAGUGGCCGGGGUGACGGACGGUGUGGCCGAGGUGACGGACGGAGUGGCCGAGGUGACGGGGUUGGACAAAGUGGCCGAGGUGACGGGGUUGGACAGAGUGGCCGAGGUGACGGACGGAGUGGCCGAGGUGACGGUCGGAGUGGCCGAGGUGACGGACGGAGUGGUCGAGGUGACGGACGGAGUGGCCGAGGUGACGGACGGAGUGGCCGAGGUGACGGACGGAGUGGCCGAGGUGACGGGGUUGGACGGAGUGGCCGAGGUGCCAGGGUUGGACGGAGUGGCCAAGGUGACGGACGGAGUGGCCGAGGUGACGGACAAAGUGGCCGAGGUGACGGACAAAGUGACCGAGGUGACUGGGUUGGACGGAGUGGCCGAGGUGACGGGGUUGGACGGGGUAGCGAGGCCGCUGGUCCGGUUCGUGGGCUGGGAACCUCACCCUGACGACCUACCUCACAUUAGCACCCUAUUGUCCAUGGACCGGUACCUGAUCAACCAUGGCGGUAACCGUUGCGGGUCCAGGGACCUGCUUCACUCUCAUCACGGCGACAACUGUUUCAGACCGCCGAAGACGGAGUUCAGAUGA